AUCAAAUCCAUGGGCAUUUUACGUUUUGCAAUUUUAGUAGGAUCUUAUUCAUACAAUUCAACGUACGCGAAGAGGCAGAAUGCUGUCAAAAACAGUUGGGAGAAUUUCUCCGGAACAGACUAAAAGGUUUACAAUAAUCAUAGAAAGGGAUCGAGAAAGAUGUGGGAAAUACGUGGGUCGUUGGCCUUAAUAUUCAUGGGCGAUACGUGUCCUCCCCCAUCAUACACCGCCUCUAAGGUACAAUAACAGUACUCUACGUAUGUUCCACUGCACUGCCGAUUGUGUCCUCCAGUUCAUCUCUAUCUUCUCCAAGCUUUGAAACGUUCCUUCCUCCAUCUAAGAUACUCUCUGCCUUCCAAACCACCUUCCACCGCUCCCUUUUUUCUUUGAGUCCAGUGUGGUUUGCGGAUCUGAAUUUCGGGAUUAGCUCUGUCUCAUUUCCGUUCUCUACCAUGGUUACCAUCACCACAUCCGCCUAUUGUUUCUGUUACUCUUUUGGGUUUACCUUCAAUCAAAUUAUUCCACCUGAGAUGACGACGACUUGAGUUAUAAGGUGUCUUUAUAGAUAGAAGAAUGAUAUGGAUAAGUUGCAUGAGGAGGAAAUGGAACUGAGGGAAUCAUGGGAUCCGAAGAUUUUAUAGCUUAUAAUAUUAUUCCUCCUGAUGCCCCUGCUGUAACAAAUGAUAUCACUUCUUUCCCUAAGGUAAGUGCUGCAAUAUAUUGCCACCCUAAAGCUAAAAGAUUCAUUUUGUUUUCCUUACAGAUUCCUAAAUGGCUUCAAGGUGAAGGAUCUGGGCCCACAAAAGAAAUAGGAUUGAAAGGAGCAGUGAUUGUUUGCAGCUGUUGUGGCCAAAAACCAUUACAAGAGUUUAUAAAAGAGAUCAUGAGAUGCUGGGAUGAGUUGCUUUCUCAAAGUACAUUGCUAUCAUUGCAUAGAUGUGAAUCCUUAUCAUGGGCUGAUUUUGAUUCAUGGAUGAGGGAAGUAGAAACACAUUUGCAAGAUGAUCAUGAACCAAAUCCUUGGGAAUUUUAUACAUCAGAGAUACGUCCGUAUGCUGUUUGUGCUGUUUUGAGAGGCAUAACUCUCAGUGAGGCAAGAUAUAACAGCUUCAUUGAUCUCCAAGAUAAGCUUCACCAAAAUAUAUGCAGGUAAUAUAUGAAUCUUACAAGUGAAGUUGCUUACAUUCACUAUGUAGUUUCCAACGUACCUUUUUUUUAUGCCGCCUAAGAUCUUGUUGUUGAUGAAUUGUUUUAGAAGUUCACAAGGCUGUAACAGCUAAAGUCGAGCCUUUGAUGCUUGUUCAUUGUUUAAUAAUUGAAUUCAAAAGCAAGAAGCCGAGGACAUUAUCUGAU